AUUUGAAUCCAAUAGUUGAGUGACGGAUGUCCCUUAGAAUUCUUAUCUUUAGACACUAGUAGAAGAAGACGGGUCAUAUAUAUAUAUAUAUAAAGUUUUCAUAGAACAUUUACCAUUUUCCAGGGCGGUUCUUUAUGACUUGCGGUGUUUAAAAACCAAGCGAUCGUCGGCCGUCGGAUCGAUCCGGUCGAAGAGAAGCGAAACCAGGCGAUCACUUGGCCCGUUGGGUUCUUUUCCGAACUCCAAACUAGUCGAAAAUGGCGGCCUUCUCCUCCUUGCGCGCUUCCCAUGGCUUCCACCUUCUCUCUAGCAGCAACGCCACAACCUCGAUUGAAGCUAAGAUUCGCGUCAAUAUCUCGUUCAGCGCUAAUAGGGGCAGUCUCUGCCGGAGCUCUGUGAUUCGUAGCGAGUUGAAGUCGUCGAACGAUUCGAGCUCCGACGACGGAGGUGUUUCUCGAGAAGUGGUUCGCGAUGUUGUUGUCGUUGCAGCGGAGAAGAGUGACGAGGUUUUGGAAGCGAGAAGUCCUUUGGAUUUUGGUUCUUCGAGUGGAGACGGUGGAAAUGGGAAGGUCCCUUCUGGAGGUGGUGGUGGCGGCGGUGAUGAUGAUGACCUUGGUGAUCGAGGUGGGGAGGAAGAGGAGGGAAAUUUUGGGCCGGUGCUGAAGUUUGAGGAGGUGAUGAGAGAGACGGAGGCUCGAGGAGUGAGUCUUCCCGCUGAUAUGAUCGAGGCCGCCAGAACUAUUGGGAUUCCAAAGCUGCUUCUUUUGAGAUACUUGGAUUUGCAAGCAUCAGGUUGGCCUAUUGGUGUUUUGAUGAGGACUUGUUCCCUGCUCCGGGAUCGAAUGCUUGCUGACCCGUCGUUCCUUUUCAAAGUUGGGACAGAGGUCUUGAUUGAUUCUUGUUGUGCGACCUUUGCUGAAGUACAAAAGAGGGGCGAUGAUUUUUGGGCGGAGUUUGAGUUGUAUGCAGCUGAUCUUUUGGUGGGAGUGGUUGUUGAUAUUGCUUUGGUUGGCUUGUUAGCACCAUAUGUGCGGUUUGGGAAGGCGUCCACAUCAACAGGUUUCUCUGGACAAAUGGCUCGCACUUUGGGAGCUCUACCAAGCAGUGUCUUUGAAGCUGAAAGGCCAGGAUGCAAAUUUUCAAUUCAACAGAGAAUUGGUACAUAUUUUUACAAGGGGGUUUUGUAUGGAUCAGUUGGAUUUGUAUGUGGUAUUAUUGGUCAAGGAAUUGCCAAUACGAUUAUGACUGCUAAAAGGAGCAUGAAGAAAUCAGACGAGGACAUUCCUGUUCCACCACUUGUGAAAAGUGCUGCACUUUGGGGUGUGUUCCUCGCAGUUUCUUCCAACACCCGAUAUCAGAUCAUCAACGGCUUGGAGCGCCUCGUGGAGGCCUCACCAGUCGCGAAACGUGUACCGCCAGUUGCUAUGGCUUUCACUGUCGGUGUACGAUUUGCCAACAACAUAUACGGAGGCAUGCAGUUUGUCGAUUGGGCUCGAUGGAGCGGCGUUCAAUGAUCAUUCAAGUGUUCCAUCAAUUUUCAAUGUCAGAUUGAGAAAUUAAAAUCUCAGAAUUUUACUGCCGUUCCUUGAAUUGCUCUUGUUGCUAUAUAGCUGAUUUUCUAGUUUCAUAUAUCAUUCUUGUUGUCAUUGGUGUAGUAGCAGUGUAGCAUUAGUAGAACUUUGGUUGUUUCUUCUCAAUGUUUUCUUGUAUUUAUGUAACCUGUUUUCUCUGUUCAAUAAAGCAGCAAUAAUUUUUUUCA